UCAUACAGUCAAAAAAAAAAAAGAAAAAGAAAACUUCCUCCCACCCACACACACGCACUCACAGUCAGUCUCGCUCUGACAAAUGUGAAGAUAGUCAGACGGCAGCAACAGGAUGACUCUGAGAAGACGAUCACACCUAAUGCGAUAAGAUGGAAAUGUGGCCGAAACAGUCAACUCUGAUGCUGCUUACAGUGGCAGUCAUGGUGGUCUCAGGUGGACAAUAUGUGAUUCUGGGGGAAGAACAAAGAAAAGUGGACGUUCCUUUUGGUUCCUCUCUGACUCUGGGCUGCCAUUUGAGCAAGGAGAUGUGCGACCCUCCAGUCCAGCAGUUUCGUCUGCGUUGGUUCUUCAUCCCUUCUGGAUCUACAGACAACGCUGCAUUCAAUAUCCCCAGCAGUACGGAGUCUAACUCCACGUGGCGAGAAAUUAAAAGGAACCAAACCCUAUCGAAUGUUACCCAGAAGAACAGCGGAUGGUAUUUUUGUGAAUUCACUUUGGAGAUUCCCCACAAUAAAGUUAUUGAGAUCAAUGGAACACAAAUAGUUAUUGCAAAGAGCUUAAUGGAAGCCACAGUGUACCCGUCACUAGUGACUAGUAAGCAAGCUAACCCGGCUAACCCAGAAGAGCCCCAAGCCAUUCCCUGGUGGAUGUGGAUCGUGUUGGGGGUGUCGACUUUCAUCGUGAUCGUCCUGCUGGUCAUAUGUGUGAUGUUGAGAAGCGGAAAUCGCAGAAGGAGGGCAGAAGAUCAGAUCUAUGCAAACACUCAUCCUGUGGCCAACAAGCAGCCGUCACCUCGGCCUUCUCUGCCGCUGGACACCCCGAAGAUACGUUCGUCCAACGAUGACUUCUGGACCCCGAAAUCCGACAGGGUAUACGCCAACGGCAAAUGGAAGCAGAAAAAGUGAGGAGGUCAAGGAGCUUUUAACUGUAUAUUUGUACAUUUUAUGUAGAAUCAUUCUUUCAAGUAGAACUCAUUCAGUAAAAAAGCUACAAUAAGCCACAAGGUGGCAGAUGGUGCAUUCUGUAAACUUUUACAGAAAACUGUUAUUUUAUCUUUUCCUAUUUUUUUAAAACUUUAGUGUGUUGCAAGUAAUUUGGUAUCGUAAAUAAGUGCUUAUUUAGUGUUAGUUUUGUAGUGAUGAGACUCAAAUACGUUGUGAAAAAGUAUCUGCUUGUUUUUAUAUUAAAGUUUAAGAUGUUAAACAUGUA